ACCAUGAAUACCAUCGCUCUGCCUUUGCCAUGGCCGUGAAGCAAUGUCCUCCUUAGUCAGUGCGGUGCUGCCGAGUUCCGGGAACUGGAACACCUUGCAGCGCUCGCAGCUGGACGUGCUCCAGACUUUGGUGAAGAAGCACAUCGAGGACCCGGCCCUCACAGAAAUCGCCAGCGGCAAUGACUUCGCAAUCACGUCCACAGAGCGCGGAGUUCCGCGCUAUGAGCACUCUCACCUUGUAGCUGCGCUCGACGUCCUGCUGGAAUACCAGAGAAACCGGAAGACCACUUACUUCACCAUGAUGGGCACCAGAGCACAGACGAGUAUCGGCACCUACCGCCACGAUCCCCGCACGCGACUCAUCGAGCUGCUGAAGCGCUGGCUGCGGACACAUGCGGCCAACCCGAAUAUCAGCGAGGAAGAGGUGCGGCGAUUGUGUGGUCUUUGCCGAGAUUUGUUGAACUACCCCAACCUUUUCCCUUCUCGCAACAAGACCAGCUUCAUGCACGCACUCAGCGAAGUCUAUGAGCACUUGGAGCUGCAGUUGCGGCAAGUCUUGGAGAGGGACCGCACCUGCGCCGAGCUGGCUGCACGUUGCCUCUCGCUUAGUCGGAAUCUCGUGUCGGAUGCGAUCGCCUUUCUUCUUUUGGGCGCCACGCAUCUCACACAGACGGACAGCCUGCCAUCCCUGGAAGUCGUCGUGCUUUGGCAAUCCCUGCCAGCGCGUGGAAACCCAUUGCCCAGCCGGGCUGACCCACAACUGCAGAAGACGAUGCAGGAUGCCUGGCAGACGCUGGUGGGCUCCUUGAUCACUGCGCUGCUUAGCCUCCGCUGGACCUUCCACCUCUUUGCGGGGGUUGGCACUGAGGAGGAGCUGAAGACGCUCACGGACGCACCAGGUUCUCCAGCCAGCUUGGCCGCAGACAAGCCAGCGGAGAACGCCAUGGCGCUGAUCAAGCGUGUUCGGGAGGAGUUCGAGGCGGGUCGCCUGAAGAGCAGCGGUCUGGCCGGACCCUUCCGAGAGCCUUUGCAGCAGGAGAGUCGGGAGCAGAUGCUCUUGGCCGUCGAGGCGCUCUUUGACCUCCUCUACCUCCAGGGCGAGGUUUUAUCGCACUUCCACCGCAUCAGCGACAGCCUGGGCGACUAUGGCAUGAUUCGGGUGUCUUCUUGGCUGCAUCCUUGUUUGGACUCGGUGAUUGAGAAGGUGCAGCGGCUGCAGACCUGCCUCAAAGGUCUCAACAAGUCGGUGGACUCCGAGCUGAUCAUCGCCAAGGCCCGCGGCAGGGCACUCAAGAAGCCCUUGCCCACAGAGCGAAUGUCGGCUCGUGCCCAUGCCGCCAUGGAGCGUGCCCUUGUGGGCCCAGAUUGCCAUUUGGUGGCCCUGAUGCAGAGCCUCGAGGAGUUGAAGGCUCGCAGCUCCCCGGAGCGCUUGCCCCACGUGGUGGAGGGCCUGGGUGACGCCUGUAUGCAGCUGCAGAACGUCCUUACCUCCUCCCAGUUCCGUGCUCGAGUGGGUGACACGUUCCCACACCACUUGCCUUCCCUGGCGAAUCUCUCUAGGGCCAACUCCAGACCUGCCACGCUGCGGCUGUCAGACGAGGAGACAAUGGGCGACUACAGCGAGCCGGAGGAGGAGAAAGAGGCAUGCGCCUCGAGGGCCAUUUGCCUGCCGUCAGCGGGGACCGCAAAGGCAAAAGCCGAGGAGGACAGCCCUGCGCACUCCUCGAUGCACUCAGCCUGCUUCUACCUUUUUGGGCAGGCAGAGGCGUCUGCCCGCAGGAGGAGCGGCAGUUUGCCCGCGGCGGUGCGGGCCACGUUCAACUCCUUGCGGCAAAAGACCAGCUGGGAGCUGAAGGAGCCAUCCUCAUCCUCGCUUCCGGCACCUGCCACAACGAAGUCAACGACUGCACCCGCCCCGUCACCAGCUUCGCAAACGUCGACACCGGCAGAGUUGGUGACCGAGCUGCCAGCAGAUGGAUGGAUCUCCCACGUUCGCAACGGAGGCCGCGUUUCCUGGCACCAUACCUCGUUGGGACCUGCGCCCUGGGAACGACCCGCAGCACGACCUGAAGACACGCGAGACGAGCUCUUCGGGGCCAAGGCCUGCAUGGAGGCGAGUCCUGUCAGCUACCCCUUCGACGACAGCUCCAUGAGAAGUAUCACCUCACCUCAGCGGCGUGACACCAACCCGUUUUCCGACGCUCUGGCGGAAGAAGCGGAGCAAACCAAUCCUUUUCCAGAUGCCGACCAACAUGAUCAGCAAGGUGAGAUCUUUGCAGCGUGCAAGGACAAAAGCAAGCCUUCGCCGGUGAGCCGGGCUACAGAAGGUGCGCGCGCGGAGCCGCUCAGCUUCGGCCUGCCGCGCGAAGCCGGCAUGACUCCAUCUACCGCAUCGCGGACGCAGUCGCCGGCUGUGCUGGAGCCUGAGGCGCCCGCUACGCUGCUCUCACGGCCUCAAGAAGGUCAGCGCAAAGAGGUUCCCUCGACUUCGGCAGAUCCGGCCAGUUCAGCAGCCUCCUUUUUGCAGCGGGGCUGCUUGCGUGCAGAGGUGCAGCGCCUCACCACUAGCGUGCAGGGCUGGAAGUUUCAUGACAGCCGCAGCUUGCUGAUCACUGGCAGCCAGUUGCUCAUUUACGACAAGGGCUCUGCGGACCAAGUCAAGACGGUAGUGGACAUCAGCGCCGGUGAAGUGGAGAGAUGUAACCUUCUCUACGAUGGCGUGCUAUCGCUGGAAGUGCGGCGGAAGAGACGCCGCUCGUUGGCAUGGGCGGCGGGCUCUUCGUUUUCUUUCUUUUACAGAGGUCGAGCCUGACUCGCUGGACACCACGAAGAGGAGGAGACGGCGACGCAGAGAAAAAGCUGUACUUCUUCAAGUUCGAGCCACAAGAGCUUGCUCAACAGUUCAGUGAAGUCAUCUCCAGCUUGCGCCCAGCCGGCCGAGAGUGAGCAGCGGCCAAAAAUGCGCCAAGGGGAUACCAAGAGGGCUUCGGAAGUUGCA